AUGAAAUAUUUAAUUAAUCGUCAAUUUUCCUUAACAUCAUCGGUAAAAAAAUUUGAAAUUCAAGAUCAACAAAAAAAUGAAUAUAAAGUAAAAGCAACAUUAGUAAAUGAUAAAACACAAUUUAAUGUUAAAAUUUCUAAUAUAUUAAAAAAAGAUGAAUGGUGUACAAUUGAACCGGAUACAACUCAACAACAUUGUUAUAAAAUUAAUUUAAAUAAUAGACAAUUUGCAAUAAUUAAAUAUUAUUUUCUUCAAUCAAAUAAUGUUAUGUAUCAUAUUAAUAUUGAUUCAAAAAGACAAUAUUCAGUAUGUAGUGUCGAUUUAAAAUAUCGUGUAUUAACAAUUAUUGAUACAAUAUUCAAUAAUUUAAUUGGUGAUAGUAUGAAUAAAGAGGAUGGACAAGUAUUAAUACAAGUAUCAGAUUUAUUUUCAAAAUUAACAAAUACUUAUCAUGUAACGGUUAAUGAUGAUAAAUAUCCACUUGGAUAUUUAGCUAUUGCCGUUCUACUUGAUUUACAUGAACGAAAACGUUAUGAUUAG